CUCCCCCCUCCUUUGGUGCAUGACUCUUCUUGCUCCUCAUCGUUGCUGUCUUGCUUGUUGCUCUCUUCUUGCUCUUGUCGUCGUUCUCUUCCUCUUCUCCUCCUCCCCUCAUCAUCUGGUUGAGACGCGUCGCUCGGCUCAAACCUCAUUCUCUUCAUCUUCAGUCCCUCUCUACUUAUUAACUACUCUGUACUCUGUACUCCGACCUCCUCCUCCUCCUCUUCUCUUGGUUUCUCUCCUCUCCUGUUCAGUUCAUCUGUUCACUUUACUUUCAUCCCACCCUUCGACCCGAGCUCAUAACGCACGCAACUCAACUCAACCCAACUCCUCCUCCUCCUCCUCCCUCCCGCCGCACCAUGUUCGCCCUCGGUGCCCUCUUCACCGCGGCCCUCGCGUCCUUCGCACUCGCCAAGCCAAACCCCGCAUCGGCCCCCGUCUCCCCUCGCGUCCUCGUCUUCACAAAGACCGAAGGAUUCCGUCACGACUCGAUCCCAGUCGCCAUCGACCAGCUCCGCAAGUAUGGCCCCGAGUACAACCUCAUGUUUGACUUCUCCGAAGAUGCUGCCAUCUUCUCUGAUGCCAACAUGACCGCCUACGAUGGCGUCCUCUUCGUCUCCACCUCUGAAACCAUCCUCAACCCCGAUCAGCAGGGUGUCUUCACCAAGUGGCUUCAGUCGGGCGGUGUCUACUCUGGUGUCCACCUUGCUUGUGGCACUCAGCAGAACAUGACCGCCUACAAGGCCGCCGUUGGUGCCCUCUUCGAGUACCACCCCGAGCAGCAGAAUGCCACCUUUUCGCCCCUCACCAAGGACCACCCUGCCACUGCCGACAUGCCUGACCAGUGGACUUACUCGGAGGAGGUCUACUUCUUCCAGUCCGACCCCCGCGAGAUGGGCGCAACUGUCCUCGUCACCGUUGACAAGACCAAGCUCUACAACCCUACCGAGAACCCUGAUGAGCCUCCCAAGUCUGGUACCCCCCACCCCAUUGCUUGGUACAUCGAGAAGCCCCAGUACAACUACACUGUUGAAGGCGCUCCUAAGCACGGCCGCUCAUUCUACACUUCGCUGGGCCACUCCAAUGAGACCUGGAUGACUGACACCUUCAUGUUCCACCUCCUCGGCGGAGUGACUUGGGCGCUCGACGGUGCCUCGACCCGCGCCUAUCAGGUCGGUAUCAUCGGCAACAACACGACCCCCCCUCCCCCUCCCCCUCCCACGCCCAAGGAGGACAACUCCACCGACACUGGCGCCGGCUACAUCAAGAGCGCUGCCUCGCCCUCCUACAUGGCUGGUGGCCUCGUCGCCGGGACGCUUGCGCUCGCGACUGCCCUUCUCCUGUACGACACGUGACGUGGAAAACGCACACCGGACAUUUUCGCGGGUCGUACCGGUGCGCUUCACUCCCUGCUGCAUUGCGCUGGUACGCUCCGUUUCGAGCCUUAUAUAUUUAUAUCCCGCGGGUACGCUCUGCGUUGCCCGCCGAUAACUGUAUGAAUAGGGGGUAAUGAUGAAAUGAUAAGAUAAGACACAGG